AAUAUGACAGUUCCAGCUAUUGAGGGAACGAGCCUGCUUGCACUGGCCGUCCUAAUCGAUACAUAGGUUUAGAAUGUCACACAGCAUACGUAUUUUAGCAAAAAACAUAGUGCAGAAAUGCACUGUUGUUGUUGGCAUCUGUCCACUCCAAAUCUCCAAUGCAUAUGGUGUAUUUGAAUAUUAUAUACUGUCAAUUAUCAUUUCUUAGCCUUCUGGUACAUAUAAAACACAAAUCAACCAUAAAUCGCAGGUUGAUUUUCUUGGUGAUAAACUCAGAUGUAAUAUUACGUAACAAUCCAGAAAAUUAUUUAAAGGCGAUGAAAAAGGAGAAAAGAAGUGGAAUAUGUUGAAAUAAGCGUUGUCGGUUUUCGGAAUCUAAGGUACUGGUGGGCCGACAAAAGUAGACAUGUAAAAAAGAUUUUGGUCAGGCAAUCAUAAACUCAAAUCUUUGUACGCAUUUUAACACUGACACUCAUCAUCGCUUUCCUCUUUUAAAUGUCUCAGCUUUUUAGUUACGUGCAUUAUUAUCAUGUUCCCGUCGUAUCCUCUCUUCAUUUUGUUGUUUUACUUGCAUAAUCUGCUGACUGCUGAGCAUAUAAAGAGCCGGAUAGGACAAGAACAAAACGCCACGGUUUACCAGGACAGGCAAAUUAAGCCCACUCUCACUCAUUCAGACUAGCUACUAAUUUAACCUUCUGCCUGUUGCUAGCUUAGAUUGUUUCCCUAUAUUAUUGGAAAGGACCUAUUUAUUUCUCUACGAACCUAAAACUACAAACUUCUAUAAUAUAUACGUCUAACACGUUAGGAAAAUGCUAUCUUCAACAUUUUCUUAAGAUAAAAACAGUUAUUAACAGAAAAAUCUUGUUAUAGAAUAUCGUGUGCAGCGAGCCGAAGAGGGAGAUCAAUGUAUCUUUUUGGCAGGUUACUACAACUGUCCAAUAUUACUAUCGUCUCUACUAACGUUAAUAGUGGUUCACGCACAUGGACUCAUACGGUCAUACCAAUUUCUUUAUUUUAACUGAUAUUUUUGUUUAUUUUGUGUGUAAAAAUGGCCGUUCCUGAGAUUUUAGGGGCAUGUGGCUGUGUAUAUGUAAAAAAAUUUCUUUUACAAAUUUGGGGGUUUAAAAUAUUUUUUCGAAGGCCUAUUUAUAUGUAACUUUUUUCAAAAAUUUUGGGAACUUGUUACAAAUGUUCCACCUAGCAUGGUUCAGGGCUGGCCCUGCGUGCAAAUUGAGUCUCCAUAAGCAAACAAGUUUCGACCUUAUCCUUGUGUGUGACUAACUGUCUAUAUACAUCUUUAUGUUUGGACUAAUACGUAUAAUUCUUUUUCUACGGGGACAAAUGACACUUGAGAUUCACAUUGAUCGUGACCAGGCCUUUCCAAGGAGAAGCAACUAGCGCCAAAAACAAUAGAAAUAAAUACAGACUUACAGAGUAGCAGCUGUCGAAUUUGUCGGGGCUAUCAUGUUCCAUUCAGUAAAAAACCAUAUCCCUUAUAUAUUAUUCAUGCAAAACGGUUAAUAUUAAAUUCAAAGAUGUGAUUAGGGAAGUGGGAAAUUGAGGAAAUAUAUGAGAAUAAGAUGAUGAGGGAAGGGGGUCUUACCCAAAAUGGAUAUAUGGCCAUGAAAGGCUGCGAUUGAUUGAUUCCCUCCCCUCUUGCGUUACUUUUGUUUUACAAGUUGACUACUUAACACGCAGCGUGACACAACUAUGAAGUCAUUAUUAUUAUACAGCAUAAUAGCAAUUGCCUCGUAGCCGAAAGAGAAAUGUAACAAUAUGUGUAGCAGUCAUCAUAUCUAUUAGCAUAUUCUAGCCAUAAACAACUGAUGCUUUUUUUUUUUUUUUGGUAAAAUGUUAAGAUUUAUACCAUUUUUUAGAGUUUUGCAAUGUUGUGUAAACACAACUUAUUCAAGAAGACAGAGGAGAGGGAGCAAAAGGGAAGAGAAGGAACUAGCAAAAGAAAAGGAAACAGGAAAUAGGAAUGCCCAAGUAACGAUUACACAUUUCUUUCUCAGGUUACACAAGUAACGAUUAAUUUUAAGCAUACUGUAUACUUACAUCCAGGGAGAGAAACAGGUCAAAAUAACUGUAUGUAGUUAGAGCCCUCCUAUUGCAAGUUUUAAAAUAGAUUUCACAAAUUUAAUACAACAAAAAUAAUAAAUAUAAAAAAUGGAUUAGGUUUCUCAAAUUUGAAAUACAAAUUCUUUUUUUUUUUGAGAAACCAAUGAAGAAUCUUGCAAUGAUUGUUAACCGCAGUCUCAAAUUAAAAGUAAAAAUAAAAACGAAAGUAAAAAAAUGUAGAGGCCAUGUUAAGCCCAUUCAUAGCUGAGCCCAUCGUUAAGGGCUACGGCCCAUCAUAAGCAAGAACCCUAAUUUUAUGAUUUUGAUGGCGUCAUCUGCAAUCUCCAGGAUCAGGUACUCAAAAUCUCGAUUCUUUUCAGAAUAUCAUUUCCCCUCAAACCCUUAUACUGAUAUAUCGAAUACAAGCACAUAUGUAAAUCUAUCCUUCAGCUAAGAUCAGAAGCCGUUGUGUGUAUGAAUCGUGUGAAUGUGUGUUUCUUAACUCGAUGCGUAUUGGAUAAGGUGGAGGAGCAAUAAUUCAAUCCCGAUCAGAAAGUCGUUUCCUUUUUGCAAGCUUUAGUGUCUGAUUAAUCCAUGACUCUUCUCAUCUCUUGUGGGGAGGUUUCGUCCUCUCAAACCAAUGUACUUCGCUUACUCAACCAGAGCGUUGACUUUUUAUUCGACAAUGUCUCUAGGAUCCUUGCUCCUGUUUUCACCAACCUAAGGGACUUUGAAAUGCGUCUUUCUUGUAUCGAACGUCCUCAGUUCACUCCUGGCGAUCAUUCUCAUUUGUCUACUGAGAAUUGGAUCUCUGAUAAAAAGGGUUAUGACGACCAUAAGGGAGACCCUGAAGCUAACUUCAACGCGCUGGAUUCUAUCUUGAAAAGUAGUUUGGAUCGUCUUGCUUCCUUAAGGGGGAGUGUAUGUCGGACAAAGAGCCUCAGAUACGAUGAAUCUAUAGCGAUCCACGCGUCUAUAAUGAGGGAUCUUUGUUUACAAGGGAAGCUGGACGCUGCUCUCUGGCUACGGAAGAAGUUGAUGCAGAGUGGGUUUAUUCCAGGUUUGAUCACACACAAUCAUCUUUUGAAUGGGUUGUGUAAGUUAGGUAGCAUCGACAAGGCGGAUGGGCUUGUUAAAGAGAUGUGGGAGAUGGGUCCUUCUCCCAAUUGUGUUUCUUACAACACUUAUAUCAAGGGUCUUUGCAGUGUUAACAAUGUAGAUAAAGCUCUGUAUCUCUUCAGCACUAUGAGUAAAUACGGCGUUAAGCCCAAUAGAGUGACUUGCAACAUACUAGUGCAUGCGCUUUGCCAGAAAGGUCUUAUGGGUAACACAAAGCUUCUUGAAGAGAUUUUAGAUAGUAGCCAGGCGGAUGCGCCUUUGGAUAUAGUCACUUGCACCAUUCUGAUGGAUAGUUGUUUUAAGAAUGGGGAUGUUGUUCAAGCCCUUGGGGUUUGGAAGGAGAUGUCGGAGAAAAACGUCCCUGCUGAUUCGGUUGUGUACAAUGUCCUUAUCCGUGGCUUAUGUUCGAGUGGAUACAUGGUGGAUGCUUAUGGGCUUAUGUGUGACAUGGUGAAGAAAGGAGUUGAUCCUGAUGUUUUCACUUACAAUACUCUCAUAAGCGCCUUGUGCAAAGACGGGAAAUUUGAUGAGGCAUGUGGUAUUCACGGUACCAUGGAACGAGCUGGUGUUGCUCCCGAUCAGAUCUCAUACAAAGUUAUCAUUCAAGGUCUGUGUAUGUACGGAGAUGUGGCCAGGGCCAACGAGUUCCUUUUGAGCAUGCUAGAGAGCUCUCUCCUUCCGGAGGUUCUGCUAUGGAAUGUGGUGAUUGAUGGCUAUGGAAGAUGUGGAGAUACCAGCAACGCUUUAUCUGUUCGAAAUCUAAUGCUUUCUCACGGCGUUAGACCGAAUAUUUACACAAACAAUGCUUUGAUCCAUGGGUAUGUGAAAGAAGGAAGAUUCAUCGAUGCAUGCCAGUUUAAAGAUCAAAUGCGAUCAACCAGUGUCUAUCCAGAUACUACUACGUAUAAUCUGCUACUAGGUGGUGCUUGUACGUUCGGUAACUUGAAGUUGGCUUUUCAGCUGUAUGAUGAGAUGAUAAAAAAAAGAUGUCGACCUGAUCUGAUUACUUAUACCGAGCUGAUUAGAGGGCUCUGUUGGAAAGGUCGGUUGAAGGAGGCAGAAGAGCUUUUGUUGAGACUGCAGGCGUCUGGCUUGACACUGGAUCAUGUUCCGUUUUGGAUACUUAUGAGGAAAUACACCAAGUUGAGGCGACUAGACGAGGCGUAUUUGGCUUACAAAAAUUGGCUAAUGACGAGGAGCAGCGGAGGAGUUGCUUGUCCGAGCAGGCUAAAUCACGUGCAUACAGAACAUUAAGCAGUAAUGUGCUACUUGAAACAAGAAACAGAGCAAGUUUACCAUCAUUCCCUUUCAGGUAGUUGUUCUGAUGUGGACGCCUGAGCUAUGUUCAGUUUCUUUUAUAUAUGGUCAAACCAUUAGAUUGUUGAAGAGAUAUGAAUCUUGACUCCUUAUGCAUAGAGAAUCUGAGACGAGGAAGGAACACUUGAGCUAUGUAGCCUAUGUUGGUGAAGUGACAGGUGAUUACAGAAUGCUUCACGUCUUGAAAAUGCAAGGAGACCUCAAUUGAUAUCUUAAGAAUCAAUUGAUAUGUUUUCUUCCAAUCCCUCAUAGAUUAUAGUUACAUCCAGGUUUUGAUGAAUGUUUUCGGCUUUAGGGGCUCACAGGGCAGUUCCUCCCCAAUAUACUUUCUUGUAAGAAACUUGAAAAGCCUUUUAUUGUUAGAACAACGUGAAUCAUCAUCUUGGCUUAUGCCAUUACAUUUUAAAACUUCAUUUUUAA